CGGUACCGUUUUGUGGACCAGUGAACACCACCGGGGACGACCCGCGCGACAUCUGACUGUAUCAUCACCAUCACCGGUUGCCGUGGCAACCGUCGCAAAAGCCGCGAGCGCGCUCGUGCUGGUACCGCCGGUUCCGACGUAUUUCCGAACCCCCGCUGCAGAUUUUUGACCAAAAAAACCGCACGAAGACAAGAAGCUGCCGUGUCCGCGCGCCGCAGCGCAACAUCCGGACCGCGCGCGCUCAGUCGGAGCGACGUGACGGACGCAGGAGGGAGCGUGAGCGCGGACAGGAACUGCCUGAGAGCGGAUCGAUAUGGAGGCGAUUAACAGCCGAGUGCACCGCGGCUCCACGGAGGAUCUCCGUGCGAGACAAACAGCUCCGUGGUUCUGAUCCAGGAUCCGCGUGUCGUCGACGAGCUGAGAUACCCGAGCUGAGCCGGAGGCGUCCAUAACACCUGGACUGGGUCCACGUCCCCAGGACUCCUGCGGAUCAGUCGAUGGCCUCUUCACCUGGGAGCUGCUGUGAGGAGACGAAGGUCAGCAGCAGCAGGAGGAUGGAGCUCAGCUCGAUGGCGAUAAUUGAUCAGCAGCUGUAGGACUAACAGGGAACUGAUGGGAACCGGAUUGGCCGCAGCAGCCCGAUGGAUUCACCUGUCAGCAUGGCUCUACAGUCCGGCUCCAACUACACAGCCGACUCCGUGGGUCCGGGCAUUACCGCCUCACCUGUAGAACCCAGGGUCAUCUCCAUAGUAACCGGCCUGGUGACGGGCACCACGCAGGCUGCCGCCGGCGCCUCAGGAAACCUCUCGGCCCUCAGAGAACAGAGGGGCCCCGACUUCGGCGAGAGCCAGCUGCCGUCGACGGCGGCGGUUCUGAGCGCCGCCGACGGGCACUCGGCUCUGCAGGGGGUGGCGGUGGCGGCGCAGGCUCUGGUGCUGCUCUUCAUCUUCCUCCUGUCCAGCAUGGGCAACUCGGCGGUGGUGGUGGUGAUCAUCAAACACAGGCAGCUGCGGACCGUCACCAACGCCUUCAUCAUGUCGCUGUCGCUGUCGGACUUCCUGACGGCCGUGCUCUGCCUGCCCUUCUCCUUCGUCAUGCUCUUCAGCAAGGACGGCGUCUGGAUGUUCGGGGACGCCUUCUGCGUGGCCAACGGCUUCCUCAACACCUGCUUCGGGAUCAUCUCCACGCUCACCAUGACGCUGAUCUCCUUCGACAGGUACUACGCCAUCGUCAGGCAGCCGCAGGCUAAGAUCGGCCGUCAGAAAGCCACCCGGCUGCUGGCGGCCGUGUGGACGACGGCGGUGGUUUUCUCUCUGCCCGGGUACCUGCUGGUGCGCGCCUCGCCGGGAGUCCACAAGCGAGGGUUCUACCACUGCAUGUACGUGUUCCACCCCGGCAGCUCCGGCGCAGGCGCGGCGUACAGCGUCUGCCUGAUCGUGGUGUGCUACCUGCUGCCCUUCUCCCUCAUGUGCUUCUGCCACUACAACAUCUGCAAGACGGUCCGGCUCUCUGAGAUCCGGGUGCGGCCCGUCACCACCUACUCGUACCUGCUGCGCUUCUACAGCGAGAUGAGGACCGCCACCACCGUUCUGAUCAUGAUCGUGUUCAUCAUCUGCUGCUGGGGUCCGUACUGCCUGAUGGGCCUGGUCGCGGCCAUCGGGGACUACCGGUUCAACCCGGCCAUGGACACCGUGGCCAUCUGGCUGGCCUGGGCCAACGGGGCCAUCAACCCGCUCAUCUACGCCCUGAGGAACCCCAACAUCUCCAUGCUGUUGGGCCGUAGGCGGGAGGAGGGCUACAGGACCAGAAACAUCGCGGCCUACCUGUCCAGCCAGAGCCGGAGCCACGAGGUGCGGCGGAACCAGGCGGAGAGGAUCAGGGACCGCUACGUGAGCCGGACGGGGACCAACAACAACAACAGCCGGCUGUCGAGUUCCAGUCCUGGAAAAACGGGCGUGGCAGGAGGGGGAGAGGUGGCCAUGUGGGCCUGCAAGAACCCGGCCGUGUUCUUCUGCCGGGACGCCCGCCGCGACACGCCGUCGCUGCCGAACGCCGGCGGGGAGCCGAAGACAAAGACGGCCGACACCAGCCUGUGACGGGGUCAGAAACCGGAAUCCGUCCUUCUCCUCCCUGCUUUGACCCAGGAACCCGAACGACAAUCUGAGCUGCCGAUGCGCUGACGUUUAAACGCAGAUCUUUUACUCAGCUUUGACGUUUUAGCCGCUUUUAUACAACAAAUUUAAAUUAUUCUUGUAGAUGCGGAACGAGGAUGAAAUCUGUGUGUUUCGUUGCUUCUCAAUGUGCCAAACAUUCCUCAGCAGAAAAAAAAAAAUGCAGAUGUUCAUUUCAAA